CCCACACGCAGGGCACACGGCUGAGGCCCCAGCCUCCUGCCUGGGCUGGGGGCUGGGAGUGGAAGCCACUGAUGGAGGACACUGUCCUGGCCAGGACACCGCCAUCACUUGUUAAUCCGCAGCCCUGGAAUGUCUGUGGGCCAAUCAGCAAGGUCUGCGAGGGCUCCCCGAGGGCUCUAAGAACCCUGCAAUGAUUAGCAGGGGCCACGGGGUCAGUGCACACCGCUUGGCUGCCCAGCCUGACUCCUCGAGAUUGUGAAUAGCUCCGUCCAGCCUGUGAAGCGAGCUGGACGUGGACGGCGGAGCCAGGCUGCUCCCAGGUCGCCCUACGGACCCAUGCUCCGGCUGGAGCCCUCCUCUGGCCUGGGGGGCCAUGGGCCUGGCCUCCUGCCCGUGCUCCUGGCUCUCCUCUGCGUGGCCUGGGCAGAGGUGCGGCCGCUCCAGCUGCGGGGGGAGCAGGCUCCAAUGCCCAGAGCCCUGAGCAGGAAAGAGGGUUUCCUGCUCCUCUCCCUGCACAACCGCCUGCGCAGCCGGGUGCACCCCCCUGCGGCCAACAUGCAGAGACUGGACUGGAGUGAGAGCCUAGCCCGACAGGCUCAGGCCAGGGCAGCCCGCUGUGGCGCCCCGGCCCCAAGCCUGGUGCCCACUCCGGGGGCCACUUCCCAGGUGGGCUGGAAUGUGCAGCUGCUGCCAGUGGGCUCGGCAUCCUUCGUCCACGUGGUGGGCCUGUGGUUUGCAGAAGGCCAGCGGUACAGCCAUGAGGUGGCGGAGUGUGCCCUCAAUGCCACCUGCACCCAUUACACUCAGCUCGUGUGGGCCACCUCGAGCCAGCUGGGCUGUGGGCAACAUCCCUGCUCUGGGGACCAGGCCGAGAUGGAAGCCUUUGUCUGUGCCUACUCUCCUGGAGGCAAUUGGGAGGUCAACGGGCAGACAAUCGUCCCCUAUAAGAAGGGCGCCUGGUGUUCGCUCUGCACGGCCAGCGUCUCGGGCUGCUUCAAAGCCUGGGACCAUGCAGGGGGGCUCUGUGAGGUCCCCAGGAACCCAUGUCGCAUGAGCUGCCGGAACGGCGGACAUCUCAACGUCAGCACCUGCCACUGCCACUGUCCCCCCGGCUACACGGGCAGGUUCUGCCAAGUGCGGUGCAGCAUGCAGUGCGUGCAUGGCCGGUUCCGGGAAGAGGAGUGCUCCUGCGUCUGUGACAUCGGCUACGGGGGAGCCCAGUGUGCCACCAAGGUGCACUUUCCCUUCCACACCUGUGACCUGAGGAUCGAUGGCGACUGCUUCAUGGUGUCUCCAGAGGCAGACACCUAUUACGGAGCCAAGAUGAAAUGCCAGGGAAAGGGCGGGGUCCUCGCCCAGAUCGAGAGCCAGAAAGUACAGGACAUCCUCGCCUUCUACCUGGGCCGCCUGGAGACCACCAACGAGGUGACUGACAGCGACUUUGAGACCAGGAACUUCUGGAUCGGGCUCACCUACAAGACCGCUAAGGACGCCUUCCGCUGGAACACCGGGGAGCACCAGUCCUUCACCAGCUUUGCCUUUGGGCAGCCUGACAACCAGGGGUUUGGCAACUGCGUGGAGCUGCAGGCCUCGGCCGCCUUCAACUGGAACGACCAACGCUGUAAAACCCGAAACCGCUACAUCUGCCAGUUUGCUCAGGAGCACAUUUCCUGGUGGGACCCAGGGCCCUGAGGCGCUGUCAGGCCUCUCCCCUGCCACUGCCUGGAGGCGCACCAGCCCUGCCUGCCUGCCCAUCGGUCCGGAACCCGGGCCAGGCCAGGACCUCAAGCCCAAAGAGGUCUCAGACCUUACAGGAAGUGGAGCAGGCCCAACAGGAAGCCUGGCAUAGGGGGACGGGCCCCUCAGCCUGCUUUUGAUUGGGGAGAUGGGCCUUAAUUAGGUGCUGAAACCGGAGCAAGGCCAGGGGUCAGAUGAGGCCGCUCUUCUCCAUCUGGGAUGGACCCUCUGGGGCAGAUGGAGGUCCCUCGCUGCCCAGGAUGCACCCCACAAGAGAUUAAACUAAGUUAUGAAACA